AUGAAGAUUCCAUACGUUGUAUCUGAAAAUACGCGCAAGGCGUACGCCACAACUACCGUGAUGAAAAACUCAUUGGCUGAAGGCAACCGUAAAAUAAUAUCCGAAGACUUUGAAUGGGAUGAUGGUGUUACUCCUGCGCCCCUUACUUACUUUGCUGCCUUAUCUUUAUCCAGAGCAUUUCAUAUAAUCAACCCGCUCAAACGAAUUUUACAAAAAGAUAUAGAUAUGCUUAUGGAUUUGUAUCCUGCCGACAUACCUUUGAAAUGCUGCGUACCUUACAUAAAAGAUGAACAAUAUUGGAAAAGGUCUUUUGCAACUAAAUUUCCAUCACGGUUAGAACUAGGAGUAACAUUCUGGAAAGGGAAAUUUUUAUCAGCAUGCUUGCAAGAUUAUUUAGAAAAUGUCAAGUGUGAUGUUUUUAUAGAAGAGGAGGCCGUUGAAUUAGCGCAACUGGUGAGUCCGUAUAUUUACGAAUUGGGGUUGAACCAAUUGCAAAUGGCUCGACAGCCAAAGCCACCGAUACCUUGUGAUGAUGUCGUACAAGACACGUGUCCAUUUAGUGUAACGAAAGUAUACGAUCAUAUUCCUCUAGAACCUGUUCUAGCAAAACUGUACAAUCUCCAAGAAAUCUCUUUAGUUUUCGGGUUGAAUGGUUUGCAAGACGAUUACCAACAAAGAUAUUUUGAAUUUUCAAUGGCUGACUGUGAAUCGAUAUGCCGUGGUCUUGAAGAUUUACGACAUCUAAGAACUUUCAGAAUCAACAGGAGUAAUCUGGAUUGUUCUAAAGUGAAAAUACUUUUGCAAAAUUUAGUAAAGAAAGAGAGUAUUGAAGAAUUGGAUUUUAACCAUUGUAAGAUAGGCGAUUAUGGCAUGAAAGCAUUGGGUGGUUUCAUUUUUAUUCACACGAACGUAAAACGGGUGAGGAUAGCUAACAAUAGAUUCAAAGAAGUUGGCGUACAAGGUAUUGCUUAUGCUUUACAAAUGAAACCAGCAGCUCCCAUUGAAUUGAUAGAGAGUAGUAUUAUUUAUAACUUGCUCAACCAAAUAUAUCGGAAAUUUGUGAAGUCCAAUACAAAUAGGAACUACAUUAACUUGCAAAUAGUUGUAAAGAAUGGCCAAGUCGAAGCUUUAAUUAUAUCCCGACUUCCACUUCUUCUUCUUAAAAACUAAAUAUCCGAAUUGUUCCACCUGAUUUUGUGUAUGCUUAGCAACACAUUUAUAAACAGCUGUUAUACCGCGAUUUUAUCCACUUAUAUUAUAGUCUAUGUCAUUCACGAAUGGUUAAAUAAUUUUAUAAUCAGUCGUGUGGUUUUGGAGCCUUUUAAAUAUAAACAAUCAAUUCUUUAGUUUGAUGUUACAGAUAUAUCAGAUGAAACACAGGCCAAAGUUAACGAACUUCUCGAAAGAAACAAGAACCUACUUGGGCAGGAAACUGAGCCUAGUGACGAAAUACCACCUCUGUACCUGAACGAACCAGAAUACCUCAUUUGGGAAUACAAUCCUAACAACCCCGAUCACAUUCCAGGCAGAUACCCGGAGAGGGUUCGCGAAGUAUAG